GUCUUGGGCGGAGAGAAUAGGGGUUUUCUUCUCUCGAGGAGGAGCUAUGUUCCUAAAGAAAUCAUGCAUAUUGCAAAGAUUUUUGGGGUGGAUUGCUGAGAAGGCUAAAGUUUCUCAAUGGUCAUAACUGGCUUAACGAACUACCGAUGUUUCUGAGGCGAGCUCAACACUGAGUCGUCCUAGAGAAGCUGUUAGCACUCACCGCUCUUCGCUGUGUUCUGGAGAUUAAUAUUGAACUCUGCUACGUCCUCCUGCAGGUGUGUCUCGGGGAGGAGCGCAGAGAUGGUCCUGAAGGAACGUCCAGUGGAAUCCUGCCUUCUCUCACUCCUGUUGGUGUCCAGUGUGUCUCUGCUGAGAGCUGAGUACUCCAGCUGUGGAGAAAAUGAGUUCUAUAAUCAAACCAGCAGCACCUGCCAGGCCUGCCCUCAGUGCCAGCCAGGGCAGGAGCCAUACAUGAACUGCGCCUACGGCAUCAAGGAUGAAGACUACGACUGCAUGCCGUGUCCACCGGGCAAGUUCUCCAAGGGCAAGUACGAGAUCUGCCGGCGGCACAAGGACUGCGACUCACUGUACAGGGCCACGGUGCUGACACCAGGAACCGCGGAGAGCGACGCCGAGUGCGGACCAUGCCUGCCGGGGUACUACAUCUUGGAGAACAGGCCUCGGAAUAUCUACGGCAUGGUGUGUCACUCCUGUCAGAAUGCACCACGCAACACGAAAGAGUGCAUGCGGACCGCACCCGUGUCAUCUGGACGUGCCCCGGGAAUAUCCGCCACCAGCACAACCAUUUUUCCUCAUGCCGAAAAAGAUCCAACUGGGCAGGGUCACCUAGCAACAGCCCUCAUCAUUGCCAUGUCAACCAUUUUCAUCAUGGCCAUCGCCAUAGUGAUGAUCAUCAUGUUCUAUAUCCUGAAGACUAAACCAAGUGGGCAAGCAUGCUGUUCUGGGCAGAUUGUGAAGACGAUGGAGGCUCCAACAAACAAGCAAGAGGAGAAAAAGGAGGUGCAGGAGAACGUGGUGAUCUUCUCUGAGAAGGAUGAGUUCGACAAGAUGAAGCCGCCUCCUACAAAAACAGUAAAAAGUGAAAACGACGCGUCCUCAGAGAAUGAGCAGCUGCUAAGUCGCAGCAUGGAUAGCGACGAGGAGGCAGCGCAGGAGAAGCAGGGGGCCACGGAUCUCUGUCUCCUGUCCCUCGUCCACCUCACCAGAGACAAGACCUGCUCCAGCAACACCAUCAACAACAACUACACCAGCAGAGCCAUGGGGAUUCACAGUCGGAGGAAAAAAAUCCUAGACUUCUACACAAAAGCCUGCAGCGUGUCUGAGGGCCUGAGUCCCACAGAGCUCCCGUUUGACUGCCUGGAGCGGACGAGCCGCAUGCUGAGCGCCACCUACAGUGCGGACAAGGCGGUGGUGAAGACGUGGAGGCACCUGGCCGAGAGCUUCGGGCUGAAGCGCGAUGAGAUCGGAGGCAUGACGGACGCCAUGCAGCUCUUCGACCGUGUCAGCACGGCCGGCUAUAGCAUCCCCGACCUGCUCACCCGCCUGGUGCAGAUUGAGAGGCUGGACGCCGUCGAGGCCCUCUGCUUCGAUAUCCUGGGGGGGCCUGAGGGUGGGGUUCCCCCCUCCAGCCACCAACCAACCUUCUCCUCCCGCUGCGCCAGCGUGUGAGAAGCAACCCCUUUUCCCUCACUCCGAAUCGCAUGAAGAAUGCCAGUCCUCCAGGGGCGGCGCCGCUGACUGAGGUUCUUGUGUAGCUCCCUCCCACAGAACCCUGUGUGGGGCAUUUUUCACUGCAUGCCUGUGACUGAUAGGACAGAGAUCAAACGGCAUAUUGCCGGUGAAAACUGCAGUCAGCCCGGGUUCGUAAUGGAAUUGGACACCCUAUUCAAAUUUGAGAUGAAGAGUACAAUUGGUUUAUUUUCAUUUUACUUCUUUCAAAACUUAACAACCCUUGUAAUCUUUCCGAUUGUCAGGUUAAAAAAAAAACAAAUUGUUUUGCGCUGGACGCUCCUAUUAUAUUUCAUGAACUGACUUGUAGUUGUUGUCAUUGGACUGAAGAUUUCUUUUGCAGUGAUACGAUUUUAGUAAACUCAUCUUGGCUGCCACGGCUGCCGGUGUGGGUCCCAGGUGUUCAGAGCACACUGCUCUUUUUAUGUGUUUGAAAACACUUAGAAAGUCCAGCACCUCACACAGGCAUCUGACCUGUCCAAGCAUGAUUCAUACAGCUGUAUUCUGUACUCUAAUGUGAAAUGCAUGUGAAUAGACUGAAACUACCAUGCAUAUUUAACCUUACUAACAAACUCAGAAUAUGACCUGAAUUAUAUUGAAAGAACAACGAGAUUGUCAUACAAUCCGGCACUGACGGCAGUGUGAGAGCAGGUUCCAAACACGUGCCUAGCUGUGCAUGGCCCCGCCUAACCUUCCACACUCCCUGGGGGAGCUGCUGCCGUUGGUUCUGAUUGGCUGGAAUUGCGGUUUAACAACUCAGAGUGUAAAGUGCCUGUGAUUUCCAGCACCUCAUUUACUAUCAAGACCAAGUGGAAAAGCCAUAAAGCCACCAGCAGUAAGCAGAAGGGAGUUGUGUAAGUGGUUAAUUGUGUACAGAAGGUAGAAAUGAAGCAGGAAUGGGGCUGGGCACUGUGGUCCAGCACAAGCUUACAGGCUCACUGUGGUCCAGCACAAGCUUACAGGCUCACUGUGGUCCAGCACAAGCUUACAGGCUCACUGUGGUCCAGUACAGGCUUGCAGGCUCACUGUGGUCCAGUACAGGCUUACAGGCUCACUGUGGUCCAGCACAAGACUAAAGGCUUACUGUGGUCCAACAGGGGCGUAUAGGCUCACUGUAGUCCAGCAGGGGCUUACAGCUCACUGUGGUCCAGCAGGGGCUUACAGGCUCACUGUGGUCCAGCAGGGGCUUACAGGCAUGCUGUGGUCCAGCACAAGCUUACAGACUUAAUUUCAGCUGGAGGCCACUCCGUAAUGUCUCCGUAAUAAGCUCUGGGUGACAUCUAGACUUCAUGUGUGCUGCUGCUGUGUUUUGGGGAGAUAUGCGGUGAGAUGGGUUUAGAGCAUUUCUGAGAUCACAGUUUAACUUGGAGACAAUGAUGGAUGAGUGUGAUCCAACAGGGGCAGAACUGGUACUGCCUAAAGAUUUUGUCUACAUGUACAACGUUUAACUUCUUAGCGUGUAUUCAUUUAUUUCGUUUUUAGAAUUGUUUGACAGCAAGAUCAAGCUGAACUCUGGAAGAAAGGAUGUAGAAAGCUAUGAAAAACAUCUGGUUUUGAUCAGUAACCAACAUCUGUACAGACCCGCUCAACUUACCUCAUUAGCAUAUUUUAUGACAAAGUAAAGGUUUAGGAAAAAGCAGAGGUAAAUACAACUCUUACCGCAAAGGAGUGUAUAUAUAACUUAUUACUGUACAUAUGCACUAUGUUAAGAAUUACCAAUAAAAUGAUAAAAUUCAGAAAA